UGGUGCCGGUGCGGCGGGCGCUGCCGGGCGAGGCGGGAUGCGGGCGGCCCACGGGCUUUGCGCGGCGCUGGCCCUGCUCCUGCUGCCGGCCGGUGGCCGAGCGCUGCGCGACGGGGACUGCGAGGUGUGUGUCACAUUCCUGGGAAGGUUCUACCAGAGUCUAAAGGACAACGACAUUGAAUUCACACCUUCCAGUAUUGAAAAGGAGCUCUUGAAAUCCUGCAAAGAAGCAAAGGGCAAAGAGAACCGCCUGUGCUAUUACAUUGGGGCCACAAGUGAUGCAGCCACCAAAAUCAUUAACGAGGUAUCAAAGCCCAUGAGUCACCACAUCCCUGUGGAAAAGAUCUGUGAGAAGCUAAAGAAGAAAGACAGUCAGAUCUGUGAACUAAAAUACGACAAGCAGAUCGACCUAAGCACCGCCGACCUGCGCAAGCUGCGUGUCAAGGAGCUGCGGAGGAUCCUGGAUGAUUGGGGCGAGGUGUGCAAGGGCUGUGCUGAGAAGUCCGACUUCAUCCGCAGGAUCCACGAACUGAUGCCCAAGUACGCGCCGAGGGCGGCCGGCGCCCGGGCAGACCUCUGAGGGCCGAGACCGGGGCGACCCUGGGGCGAUGCCGGGGCUCUGAGGGGCGAGACCGGGGCUGCAAGGGGACUGUGAGGGGCGACCUCGAGGCUCUGUGGGGCGAUCCCGGCCCCGCGCUUUGUACGGGACUUUCAUUAAAGUUCGCCGGUGUGUACCGGG